AUGGAGUCCCUAUUCCCUACCCCAAUCCUGCACGACUUUGACAACUGGAAUUUCGAUAUCUUUGCAGGCAAUGACAUCGUCAACGACGACAGCUGGCUGUGGUCCGACACGGGGCUCAUCACUGACGGAGCCCUACUCGCGGGAAUGGACCCGGUGCUGGCGCCGGCGCCCACCCAGGAUGUCCCGAUGCCUGAGACCCGCUUGGACGACACAUUGCCAUCCUCCGAGGAGUUUCUUGCGGCGCUAUGCGCGGCAGCGGCUGUACCGGAGAAUGGUGGCAUCGACCCACUCGCAUUGACCAAUGGCCGGCAGGUGCAGGUUCACCCGCAACCGGUAACGAUGACUCACGUUGCGCCUACGACACGCACCGACAUACCCCUCGUCGAGAACCGACGCGUCUCUAUCCCUAAACUCAACCACCUCCCAGCGCCAACCGCGCCUGCGCGUCGCCGCAGCCGGACCGGUUCCAUCGCCGCUCUGAACCGGCAAGCGCAAUGGUCUGGGCAGCCAAAGUCGCCCCAUGACGCGACUUUUGGGCGCCGCGCGUCUAUCACCUACACCCACUCCCGGAAGCGCAAGCAUUCCAUCUGCGAUGUGCCUUUGCGUCGGACCGCCGCGCCUCGCGCCGGACCUUCUCGCCGGCCACAACCUCAGGUCGCGCACCACGCUGCAUACCACCCGCAGCCGCCACCGCCCGUUCUCCCCACUCCCGACCUCAUUUACCCCCGCCUCUCCCUUUCUUGCGACCUACUCAACCUCGACCUUCCCCCGCCCGCGUUGCCGCUGGAGCUCCCGGUCGUCCCGCUUACUCUUCCGGAGAAGUUUGAGGACCUGCCCGUGGCGGCUCAGAAGGCUAUGAUCAGCAAAUAUAAGACUCCGCCGGCCGUCACUUGCGGUUGGGCAGGCUGCCAGGCUCGCAUCGUGCCUACCCGCCCUUCGCUCCGGGACCAUCUCAACCGGUGCCACGGCGGUCGCCCGACCCCUCCGCGCGCCGCCGAUAAUGACGGUGCUGCGAACGAGCUUCGCAUUAAGUGCGAGUGGGGCGCGUGCUCUCAGUGGGUGCAGUGGGGAGGGAUGUCGAGGCAUCUGCUCAGCCAUGUGUGCCCAAGCAGCGGGCAUUGCAUGCUCUGCGGCGGAUCGUUAGGACGAGCGGAUAUGGUCGAACGGCAUAUCAAGAGCUGCUGGAAGCGUCUUGGGACGGAAAGGGUAGGUAUGAAGUUGAGGGAGUUGGGGAUGUUGGAGAAGGUACUUAAGGCGCCCGUUAAGGGGGAUGGGGAGGAGAGGCCGAAGAAGCGCGCGAAGAAGGCGUAG